AUGAAUUCAUCGGUUACAUCGAUCAAACUAGUCCUAUUGGGUGAAGCGGCAGUUGGUAAAUCUUCAAUAGUGCUGAGAUUUGUUUCAAACGAUUUCUCUGAGAAUAAAGAACCAACUAUUGGAGCAGCAUUUUUGACUCAGAGGGUUAAUAUUGGAGAACAAACUGUUAAAUUUGAAAUAUGGGAUACCGCAGGACAAGAAAGAUUUGCAUCACUCGCACCCAUGUACUAUAGAAAUGCGCAAGCUGCAUUGGUGGUAUACGACAUUACAAAACCUCAAUCAUUUAUUAAAGCUCGUCAUUGGGUAAAAGAGUUACACGAACAGGCAAGUAAAGGUAUCGUUAUUGCACUUGUAGGGAAUAAAUUAGAUAUGAUCGAAAAUGGUGGCGAAAGGAAAGUUGCCAAGGAAGAAGCAGAAAAACUAGCAGAAGAAGAAGGAUUACUAUUCUUCGAGACCAGUGCGAAGAGUGGUGAGAAUGUCAAUGAAGUGUUUUUGGGUAUUGGUGAAAAGAUUCCAAUCAAGAAACCAGGUGAACAGGCUAAUGAACAGAGUGGUUUAAGAAUUACAGACGAUCAAAGGGUAGAUCUAACCAAUUCCGUCAAUGGACCAGUGAGGUCUGCUGGUUGCAAUUGUUAA